AUGUUGGCCCUGGCGUGGGACGAGGUCAUCGACGUGAAAGAGAUCCAACAGAAAAACGAAAACUUGAAUUUGGAAGCCAAAAACGCCAAUCGCUUCACCUCAUGGCAUCACGCCCACUCUGCCACUUUUACGAAGCUCCAGCUUUGGGCUUUGGACUACGACAAGGUGCUCUACCUUGACUGCGACACUUUGCCCAGGGCACCGUCGGGCGCGCAGGUAACCGACCUUUUGGCGCUAGAGCUCCUGCCAGGUGCAGUGGCGGCCGCCCCAGAGGCUGCCUGGCCUGAUACCUUUAACACGGGAGUGAUGGUGUUGAAGCCCGAUAAGGGUGUUUACGGUGAAAUGCUCAAUAAAUUGAGCACUUUGGAAUCCUAUGAUGGAGGCGAUCAGGGGUUCUUGAACGGGUUUUUCAAUCCUUGCCCGGACUGGUUGGCUAACGCUAUUGCGCAGUGGACUUUUUCGCAGCCAGAGGUGACCCCCGAGAGGGCUGCUUCUACUGGAGCCAUUCCCACGAAUGGUAGGGAUGCUCGCCUGCUGAGUUGGGUUCCCAUUCCGUAUGUGUACAAUGCUGCUGCUGGAGCGUCAUUCCGAAACUACGCCCUCGACUUUUACGCUGCUGCUGCUGGCUCCAUGGCUGACGUCCGCUGUAUCCACUAUGUAGGUCCCCACAAGCCGUGGCACGGGCUGAACAACGCCCUUGACGAUGAAUGGUGGGCUGCGUGGCACGAGUAUUCGGAUCUGAGCCCAGACGAAUUGACCAGGGAAAAGAGCCCAGACGAAAGAGACUUCACCAUCAGGGUGCUUGAAGUGCCCUCUGAAGAGAAGCCAGAGCCGCAUAGCGAGCCCAUUUUUGCAACCAAACUGGCGAGCCAGUGGACAGAGGAAUUGGCGCUUCCAAAGGACGAUCAUGUGCCUCAGCAGCAUCACGAGACGACUCUUACGCCGGCAGAUCUUUGUGACCCUCUCAAAUACAUCGAAGAGUUCGGUCCAACUGAGGAAACAGCUGCGUGGGACGCCACGAGAGAGGCUCCUCCGCUAGUGACACCAGACCGUUCUGAAGAUUUCGAGCUAGAGAUGAAACAGUUCAAGUCAACAUGGGACCAGCCGGACGAGACGUUGGAUGAACCACAGAGAGUAAUCGACGAGGAAGUGCAUCAUGCUCCUCUGCAUCGCUACGACCCUAUAGAAACGACUACCUUGUACCAGCAGAUCCACGACGACUUGGAGCCGGAUUUACAUGAUCCUCCUCAACGUGAAGCAGCUUCUUUUGGUGGUGAUGCCGCUGUGGUCGAGGAACCAAUAAAUGCUGCGAAGGAUGGUCUCUUUGGUGUUUACCACUCGCAGGUGGCAGAACGCGUGUUCAAUGACCGUUCUGACUACACGCCCCUGCAUUCCCUCUUGUUGAAAGAGAAGCUUAAAGAAGAACAGAUCAUGCGGGCAAUAAAAGCUCAGGACGAGGAAGAAGACUCAGAUGAGGAGGACGAUUUGAAUACGGAUGGCAAGGAUGAAGUUGAAGACGAAGAGGAAGAAUUUGCACAAGUCGAAGAGGGGGAUUCUAACCAUGACGAAGAUGUAUCUACCAAUAUUGUCCCAAAUUUGAAGCCAGUCUUUCCGUGGGAGCUCAGACCUGAUCGUGUGGUAGAGAGAACCUUUGAUUUUUGA